AUGAAUAGUAAUAUUUGUUUUAAAUUUAAGAGAAGUUCUGAGAUUCAUCUAAUGAUUGAUCAAUUCAAGGGGGAUUCUCGUUUUAAUAGAGUGAGUUUGCGAAUUGCACAAAAGGAUUUAGUUUACAGUUAUUUGAAUGUGGAGGAAUGAACAUUCUGGGAGAGAAAUCGUGGUUCAUUACUCAAAAUAAAAAUUUUUAUUCUUUUAUUAAUUAGAAUAAAACUAAAAAUUAUAAUUUUUUUAUCUGUUAUAAAAUUUUCAAAAAUUUAAAUCUCAUAAUCAAAUAAAUGGGAAGGGCUGUGUUUCACUUAAUAAAAAUCAAUACCCACACAGAGUACUAACCUUAAAUAUAGGGAAUUAUAAUUUUUUAUUGA